AUGGCAGACAAGGAUAGUGUGGAGAAAUACCUGGAGAACAAUCCACAGUUCGCCAAAGAGUAUUUUGAUAAGAAGAUGCGCGCUGAAGCCUUGUCCGCCGCUUUUUCUGCACCUGUCGAUGUUAAAGACACUGCUUCCUUCAAGGAUAUUAACUCGGUGCAAGAGGCCGCAAUCAUCUUCGAGCUGGUCCAGGAGAUGGAGAAGCCGGAUUGCAUGGAGAAGACCCUUCAUAAAGUGUUGCAAAGAGUUGCCAUGAUCAUACAGGCAGAUAGGCUCAGUUAUUACAUCAACCGGUCGAGAAAUGGAAUACCUGAGCUCGCCACUUGUCUCUUUGACGUGACCCCGACAUCCAAAUACGAGGCGAACUUGGUCGACCCCCAGACUGAAAUUGUGUUCCCUCUAGACAUGGGUAUUGUGGGUUUCACCGCGACUUCCAAAAAGGCCCAAAGUGUCCCUGACGUCACACAGAAUAAAAAGUUCUGUGACUUUGUGGACAAACAGACCGGAUACCAGACCAAAUGCCUGCUCACAUUUCCCAUGAUCGCUGAAAAAGAAUGCAUUGGAGUAGUCAUGGCACUAAACAAAAUAGGACAACCUAGUUUCACUCCAGAAGAUGAAGCGCUCUUCCACAAGUACAUGACCUUUGCCCAAGUCAUCACUCUGCAGUACUUCACAGCCUACAUGUUCAAUGUGGAGUCCAGGAGGAGUCAGGUGCUGCUUUGGUCAGCCAGCAAAGUGUUUGAAGAGUUGACUGACAUUGAGAGACAGUUUCACAAAGCCCUCUACACUGUUAGGACCUAUCUACAAUGCGAAAGAUACUCAGUGGGCCUGCUGGACAUGACCAAAGAGAAGGAAUUCUAUGAUGAAUGGCCAGUGAAACUGGGAGAUGUGGAACCCUAUAAAGGACCAAAAACACCAGACGGCAGGGAAGUCAUCUUCUACAAGAUCAUUGACUACCUCCUGGAAGGCAAAGAAGAAAUCAAAGUCAUACCUGGUCCACCUGCAGAUCACUGGGCUCUAGUUAGCGGACUACCAACCUACGUUGCAGAGAAUGGCUUUAUCUGCAACAUGAUGAACGUGGCUGCAGAUGACUUCUUUACUUUCCAGAAAGAGGCUGUGGAUGACACAGGUUUUGUCAUCAAGAAUUGCUUGUCGCUGCCCAUCGUCAACAAAAAGGAAGAAAUUGUAGGUGUUGCAACGUUCUUCAACAGAAAAGAUGGGAAGCCGUUUGAUGAACAUGAUGAACAGAUUACUGAGGCCAUGACACAGUUCCUGGGGUGGUCGGUGCUAAACUGCGACACCUACGACAGGCUGAACCGUAUGGAAUGGAGGAAAGACAUCGCUCAGGAAAUGCUCAUGUACCAGACCAGAUGCACAAAUACUGAGCUGCAGUCCAUUCUGAACACCCAGGAGAAGUUUGACGCAGAGCCUGAGGACUGUGACCAAAAAGAGAUGUACAAACUAUUGAAAGCAACAUGCCCAGUAGCUGAUAACGUCAACGGAGAGAGCCUGUACCUGUUCUCUUUCAGUGACUUCCCUGUUACGGAGCAUGGUCUCAUCAAGGCCGGCAUUCGCAUGUUCUUUGAGCUCGGAGUUGUGGAAAAGUUCAAAGUUCCUGCAGAGACACUGACCAGGUGGAUGUACACAGUGAGGAAGGGUUACCGUGACAUCACCUACCACAACUGGAGGCACGGCUUCAACGUCGGCCACACCAUGUUCUGCCUGCUGCAGACAGGGAGGCUGAGGAAGUACUUCUCUGAUCUAGAUGCCUUUGCCAUGGUGUCUGCUGCUUUCUGCCAUGAUAUCGACCACAGAGGAACCAACAAUCUCUACCAGACAAAGAGCCAACAUCCUCUGGCCAAACUUCACGGCUCUUCCAUCAUGGAGAGACACCACUUGGAGUACAGUAAGACGCUCAUGGCUCAAGAGAGCCUGAACAUCUACUGCAACCUUCAGAAGCGUCAGUUUGAGACUGUGCAGCACAUUUUUGAUGUCUGCAUCAUCGCCACUGAUCUGGCCCUUUACUUCAAAAAGAGAACCAUGUUCCAAAACAUUGUGAAUGCCACAGAGCCGAUGCCAGAUGAGAAGGAGGCCAUUGCAUUUGUUUCCAACAACCCCGUCAGGAAGGAAAUUAUCAUGGCCAUGAUGAUGACAGGUUGUGACCUGUCAGCUAUCACCAAACCCUGGGAGGUACAGAGUAAGGUGGCUCUGAUGGUGGCUGCUGAAUUCUGGGAACAGGGAGAUUUGGAGAGAAGUGUUUUGGACCAACAACCAAUUCCCAUGAUGGACAGAAACUGUGCUGAACAGCUGCCCAAGAUGCAGUGUGGUUUCAUUGACUUUGUGUGCGCAUUUGUAUACAAGGAGUUCUCCAGGUUCCACAAAGAGAUCCAACCCAUGUUUGAUGGUCUGAACAACAACAGGUCACACUGGAACGCGCAGGCUGAGGUGUACAAUGCAAAGAUGAAGGCCAUUGAGGACGAGAAGAAGAAACUGGAAGAGGAGGAAGCCAGGAAAGCUGGCGGAGGUGAAGCAGGGAAGUCAAAAACCUGCACCGUCUGCUAA